AUGUCAGGUAUUGAUGUGGAGGCUCUUCUAGAGUCCACAGCUGCUCCCCACCCGCCCCCGGAACCUGCAGAGAACCCCGACAAAAGCCACGAUGAGUCAAACAGCUCUAGAAGUGAACGUCGUGACCGUGACCGUGACCGCGAUCGCCAUCGAGAUGGAUCCCGUGACCGGGACAGAGAGCGCAGGCGACGAGAUCGAAGCCGUGAUCGCCGCCAUGAAAGAGAUGCCGAUGGGGACGAGGAAAUGAAGAGCCCAAAGAGCGAUCGCGCAAGUGCUAACGGGAGCCAUAGAAGCAGAAAGAGAAGUAGGAGCCGUGAUAGCGAGAGACGCCGUUCCCGUCGUGACCGCGACGACCCAUCUUAUCGAUCAUCCGGUGGUGACUACUAUCGCGGGGGUGGUCGAACAACCCGCUCCCGCUCCAGAUCUCCAUUCGAUGACAGAUAUUACAGACCCACCGGACGCCCCCGCCAUGAUGAGCGUGAUGAUGAUAAGCGCACAAGUAGGCGCGAUAGGGACGGGCGCAGGCGAAGUCUCAGCGGUGGCAGGGGGCGCCGCAGCAGGACCCCUGAACCUCAGCUGACGGAAGAUGAACGCGACAGACGAACCGUUUUCGUACAGCAACUCGCUGCCCGUCUCAGAACGAAAGAGCUAAUUGCCUUCUUUGAGAAAGUUGGUCCGGUCAAAGAAGCUCAAAUUGUGAAGGAUCGUGUGAGUGGGAGAUCGAAAGGCGUCGGUUAUGUCGAAUUUAAGGAUGAAGAAUCGGUCCCACUUGCCAUUCAGCUUACUGGCCAAAAGCUUCUAGGGAUUCCUAUUAUUGCUCAACUAACCGAAGCCGAGAAAAACAGACAGGCCCGCAACCCCGAGGCCAAUGUUAGCGGAAACCAAAACUCGAUUCCCUUCCACCGGUUGUACGUCGGCAACAUCCAUUUCAGUAUCACGGAAAGUGAUUUGCAGAAGGUCUUCGAACCAUUCGGUGAACUUGACUUUGUCCAACUUCAAAAGGAAGAAGGGGGUCGCAGUAGAGGCUAUGGCUUUGUCCAGUUCCGCGAUCCCAACCAAGCUCGAGAAGCCUUGGAGAAGAUGAAUGGAUUCGAUCUUGCUGGUCGCCCAAUUCGGGUUGGCCUUGGUAAUGAUAAGUUUACCCCUGAAUCGACCGCCAAUUUACUGCAGCGAUUCCAGGGACAAGGUGCCCACCAUAACUUCCAGGGUUCUCUAUUCUCUGGCCACGGAGGUCGCGGAGCUCAAGCUGGCGGUUCCGGUAAUUUUGAUCGCGCUGGAGGCAGAGACAAUGACAAAGCGGCUGGUGGUGCUAGUGCCCUCGAUGAUACGGACGUUGCUGGUGUGAACUUCAAUAAUUAUAGCAGAGAUGCAUUGAUGAGGAAACUCGCGAGAACAGAUGAACCUGCUGUAGAACCGAAACCCGAUGAGAAACGUAAAGUACCCAAACCGCAACUUAAUGCUAAGCCAUUGCCUGUGACUGUCAACAUGGCUAGCAGAUGUGUUCUGCUUCGAAACAUGUUCGACCCUGCAGAGGAAGAGGGUGACGGUUGGAUUAAAGAGCUAGAAGAUGAUGUCCGGGCUGAGUGCGAGGAAAAAUAUGGUCACGUUGUUCACAUUGCACUAGAUCCAAAUACCCAAGGGGAUAUCUAUCUCAAAUUCGACCGUGUCCAAGGAGGCGAGAAUGCCAUCAAGGGCUUGAACGGACGAUUCUUUGGAGGGAGACAAAUUAGCGCGCAGCCGGUUGUUGACGCGGUUUACAGCAGCCUUUUCUCCCGCACCAAAGCCAUCUGA